AUGCACGAAUUUGUGAACUACAUGGACGGCGACGAUAUGAUAUCAUAUGCAGCGAACUGUGAUAACACAGGAUGGGAGCAUCCCCACGGUUCGCCCGGUCACCGCUAUGUAGGACACACGGUGGGGGAUACAAUUGUAUGCGUACUUAUGGUAGGGGCCUUAUUUUUCAUGAAUGGGUGGUCUCUGCAAGAACGCGACAGGCACAAGGAAGACGACAUAAAUGAAACAAUAAGGGAGCACUUGCUAUGUGCAAUAGUACAUAUGUUCAGCGAAGUAUUAAACGAAUCCGUGUGUCCAAGUCCGCGGGGCACAUUUUAUGCAUGGUACUCAAUGGGAAAAAUGGGGGAUGGGAGGGGAGGUUGGGGCGAUGGUUUAAUAAAGGAGGGAAUAUGUGGUAGAGCAGUAGUUGCGCAUGGGAAAGUAGGGCACAUUGAGUUGAAUGCAGAAGUCAAGAAAUGGUUACAAGGGAAUAGCGCACUACAAAACCGGAUUCAACAAGUGAAGGGAACUAACACGUGUCGGACACCAUGGCAAAAGGAAUGGAGAAUAGAGAAAUUCUUGAACAGUGAGAAUAUGGGAGAUACGACAGGCUCGCAGAUUUUUCAAAUAGUGCACGACUUGAAGCAAGGCAUGACCGACAUAUUUAGGGAAAUCCGGGAAGAGGUAGACGAAAGCAUAGAACAAAGGGAGCAGGCGAGGAAGAAGAACUUCGCGAACGAUGGUAAAAGCGGGGAGCCCGCCACCAAGGCGGCGACCACACCAUCACCACAGGAACCGAAACGCAAGCAACCGGCAGAUGCAGGAGGAGGAGACCAGAACGGGGCGAAGCCGUCGUCACCGUCAUCAUCACCCGCAGGAGAAUCAGGCACAGGGAGUACAGGGGGACCUCAACCGCAGCCACCAUCCGGGGGCCCACCAGUAGGACGGGCAGAUACAGCACCAGCGGAUACAUUACCACAACCCCCACCUGCGGCACCGGCCGGAGGGACACACGCAGGGCAAGGACCAGCGACCUCUACAGGAACGGGACCUGGACAACAACCCCCACCUCCACCUCCUCCACCAGGACCACCACCUUCACCUCCUACACCCACAAAAGAGGGAACGGAUGCACAGUCACCACCGUCAAAAGCAGAUUCAUCUCCGGAAGGAACCUCACAGGGCAAAGGUAAGAUAUUACGGGACUCCAAGAAAAAGCCUGAGGAGAACAAAGCGAAAUGCAGUGAGGAUGAGACUGACCAUGCCAAGCUUUUUGAUUGUCUUCAGAGGCAGGAGGACCUUGCAAACGCCGGGACAGGAGUGAACCAACCGGACGGCUCCGAAAAAUACGACGGACACGGCCCUGUGGGUCUCCCUGAUAGCUCCCGUACGAUCACAAUAUCCGAAGGGACGUCUCCUGAAGUUUCAACAGUACCCCCAGGCAAUGCCGUCAUCGAUGGCGGCAACGAUGACCCCCCUCCGCCCAAUCCACGUGCCUCCUGCAGUCCCGAUGAUUUCGACCUCUCCAGUGGCUUCGGAGGGGGUACCCCCCAGCAUUGCACGAAAGGUGCCAAUAGUACGACGUCCUCAAGUAGCACUUGCUCAUGUAGUGGUUCUAAACGUAAGGAGGCUGUUGCAGGGGGUGGUAGUACUGCAGGAGGCCCCAUUUCCAUUACUGGGGGCACACAGAAUGGUCCUACGUCGGGUUCCACGCAACCUGCACCCUUCCCUUUUGACCCAGUAAAUAUAUUUACACAGGACAUAGAAAAUGUAGCAGGAGGAUUCGCACCACCAACCACAACACAUGGAUCAUCGGGCUCAUCCAACAUGGACCAUGGUGGGCCGGGUGGCCCCAUCCCUCCUGACCUAACCAACGACGUCCUCAUCGCCACUACUCCCAUCCUGUUUUUUCUCGCUUCGGUCACCGUCGCCCUUCUUGGUUAUUCCCUUUGGAAAUACUUUGCGUAUCUCGGAAAAAACCGACGACGAACAUAUCGCACCGUGCGUGACGUGCCGUCACCGCCACUCGACGAAGAAAUAUUGCAGCAUCUACAACGCGGCGAACUACCGCCACCCGCUUACUGGUACACCAUGGUUCGGGAUAGGCAGCCCGGCAGAUUGCCCGGCGCACGACGCCGACGCCCACCACGCGUGCAUACGCGCACGAUUAUCGAGCUACAUCUAGAAGUGCUCAACGAAUGUGAAGCGACCGAAUGGAAAAGCGUCAAAGACGACUAUUGGCAGAUUGUCGUGGAGGCGUUUGCACAUGACUUGGAGCCGGCUGCAACCGGGCACAGUAGUUUCCCGGAUGCUCCUACCCCAAACCAGGGUUUACCACGGCACACUGUUUCCUCCGCCUUGCAUCCACCCACUGACAUCGACGGCAUAGAUCCAUGUCUACCGAAUGAAGAUAACCCAUGGAAGUGUAUGGAAAACAUACAGUUCGAAACGGACCCUUGUCCACCGAAUGAACACGACCCCGAUCCAUGGAGUUGUAUGGAAACUAUACAGUUAGCAACGGACCGUUCUCCACCUAACGCAGAUGAUCCAUGGAGUUGUAUGGAAACUAUACAGUUAGACGAUGAACAAAAUCGCCCUUCCGACCACGGUCACCACACGGCGGCGCGCACCCACUGGAUUAACUGGAUUGAGCGCCACAAGCAUCUAUUUCGGGAGUGCACGACGCAGCCGUGGUUUUUGCAAUUGAAAUCGAACUGGACACAACAUGUGCGUGAACACAUGGUGGCAAACGCGGACAACGUAGUAUACGGGCACAGUGAACUCGGUGAAGCGGCAACCAUGGAAAGCACGAAACUGUGGUUAUGGAAAGAAUGGGUCGCACAGCAACAUGACCUUAUCAAUACAUAUGGUGAGCAGGAGUGGUUCCAACAUUUGUUGAAUAAUGUACAGCAGCAGACAGCAUCGCACAAAGGCGAAGUACCUGGAGUCGAAGAAGACUUCGAAGUGGAAAAUGUAAUGGGAACAGAAGAUAUGCUAAGAGUGAGAGAUGUACCCCGCUCGCAACCACUCCAUGAGCAAUACUACAACAAGAAACAAGUAAUAGCCAAAUUAUGGAUGCUCCUGCUCGCGUCGGUAAUCGAAGAAUGCGAGCUUGAAAGCCGUCUGCAACAGAAGGAGUUAUAUGUGGAUGCCCUAUUGCAGCAACUGUGA